CACUACCGUGCGGUUGCGGUUGUGUAGAGGCUCAUGAUAGAUCAUCAACAAUACUAACAGGAUUCCAAUAUCAGGUAUUGCGUGAAGACGCCCAGAAGUGGCCUGCGCAUCCAUCGAGUAUACUUGCGUCCAGCUGCCCCUAACGUGGCCUGCGCAGUCUAACAGUUUCGUGAACAGGUUGAUAUCUUUAUUGAGUAUCUGCAUCCCUAUUCUGCUGGGAGUGAGUUCGUGGCAAUCUGUGCCCGAUCCAAGAGAUGACAUGCCCGCGCUUUGAGGUAUGAUCCGAGUUGUAACACAUAUGGCUAGUUGAUCUGAUACAGUUGCGCUACAACACUGUGUGGUCUGGGCCACACUAGGGCAAUUGCCUUGCUUUGCCUGAGAUAGCAUUAGGGACAUACAUCCCGAACUUCCCCCGGACGUUUGCCAAAAGGUCAUCCGGUUUUAACCCAGUCUAGUUUGUAGUGUAGCUUGUCAAUAUUAGAUCCCUUUUCAUACGUUUUGCGCGCUUAGGUCGCCUCAAUAUUGUACGCUUUCACCCGGCCGAGGCGCCGAGACGCCUUCGGCCGGAGAUUGUUACCCUCUCCUUGUGCAGAUACUCCACUAUGUUGCCACCUUAGCUUGUAUGGCGCGCUGGGCUAGCCAGGGCUAGUAAGUCGGGUCGCAAUGUCGUGGGCACCGGAGCAGUUACCCAAGCUCCUUUCGAUCCUUGAAAGUGCGUUGUGCAAUGAUGAAGAUUUCGGCUACGAUACUGCGGUCGGGCUCGUCGCUAAGGAAGCCAAGUUCAGGGCUAAGUUAGACUCGUUUGCUUGCAAUCCCGCGACGUAUGUUCACGAGUCGCUGCGCCAUUUUGCUAGCAUGUCUGAUUACCCUAUCUUCCAAGACUGUAUGCACUAUGCCGCAAUCCAGUUUCGGGCAGAAAUCCGUAGGAUUGUCCCUGGGUCAACCGUCACCUUUGCCACGUGCAAGCAAGCGCUGCGCCAGCUUUUGCUGCCCCCACCUGAGCCUAUUCCGUUACCCGCUGAGAUGUCCAUGCAGCAGCCGCAGUGCCAACUAGCGUCGGGCCAGUCUACUACGCCAAGUGGCUGUUCAGCCGGACAAUCCGUACCACCACCUGCGAACCUUGACGGCUUUCCAGAGGCGCCGCUUGCUCCCAGCAUGCUAAGCGUAUCUAAGAGUGCUGGGCCCUCGCAGGGGGCUGUCGUGGAUAGCGUUGCUCCCACCCCAUCGCAUGGGUCUCAAGACAGGUAUUCCGAGCAGAAUCUGCCUGUACGUCCGUCAUCCAAGCAGCCCGUUGCUGCUGAGCCCAGGAGCGUGCAUGCGCAAGUGCCUCUAGAUUCGUCCGUUGCAACCGCUCACGUCUUUAGCACGCCCGUUGCCUCUGCCGAUGGUCCACGUACCGUUGCUGAGCCGGUUGCUCCCAAUGCGAAUGUUACAUUACCUGCCGCAUCAUCGCUGUCAUCUGCGCCCGUAAUGUGUGAAAGCCCUCCUGAGCCGUACCCCCUGGUGGACAUACCAGGCGUCGCUGCGGCCCCCGAUCCUGCGGCCAGCAUGGACGGCUUCCCUUCCUCGUCUAGCUCCAUCCGCGGCCCUGACGCGCUGUUCGGCAGCUCAGCCAGGCCCGCUUCCUCUGCGAGCACCUCCUCUGACGGUGGUGGCACCGCCAAGCCUACCCACAAGGCCCACAGUGGCCGCCGCCCUGUCAGGCUUCCCUCCCAGCCGCCCUACGACGGCUCUGUGCCGCGUGCUCGCGGCCGCCGCCUCUGCACCAGCAAGUUCCUGCGCCUUUUCAACCGCCGUCGUCAUCGGCGCCGCCCCAUUUUCCCCGCCGGUCGCCUCCCUUGCGGCCACCGCCAGCUCUGACGCAAGCUGCGGUUCACAUCAUUAACAUAACGCGUCUCUCUCAUGCGUCCUUUCACGUCACAUGUCUAUCCAGGCGUGAUGACCCUUGCCCUUCCCUUCCGAGAGCAGGUUUGCAGGCGGAUGUUGCAUGCACAUGAAGGUCGAGUCGCGUGGCUGUCACGGAUGCAUGAUGCUGGUCGGCUUUACGUUCGUUUGGCGCCGUCCGGUGCGUUGUGGGUGUUUCUGUUUCAGUCGCCGGUUAUUAAAAGUCGCCUUAUGAUGGGUAACGUCGUGCCGUCGUACUGGGUCCCGCUUGUGUGAUUUUGGAGGAGGGGUCCAGCCGUUUGCUUCGCUGUUUAGAUGGGAUUUCUUAAGUCGGCUUUGGUUUCUUUGGUGAGAUUGGAGUCAGGCGGUUUUAUAGCUAUCUGAGGGAUUCUUUUGGUUGAGGGUUGGUUUUCGCAGGGGGGGAGUGCCAGCGUGUUACGUCCUGAAUACGGCUGUUGCCGUUGUGCCUUUGUUUUCCAGCUUUUACAGCAGCAGCGUGAGACAUCAGGCCAGCUACAGCCGUUAGUCAGCAGCAGCGCUUCGAUUACAGCAUCAUCACUUCGUUAUCAGCGCAGCACAGCUUCAUCAUGGGUUUACAGCAACAGUUACAUGGGUUCAUAUGGCCAUCUCCGCCCACGUGGGAACAGCCACGCCACCUCCGGCGUCUUGGCUGUUGGGGGGGAGAUUGUGGGCGGUCUUGCCUGCAUUCUUCCUCUCACUUUCGCUCGAGCACCGCCGUCGCCGUCGGCUUGCCCCAUACCUCCAUCUACUCCCUUGGCUAUUCUAUCAUCGCCUUCUGGUACCAUCGGCAUAUUUGGUCGACACAUUUGGUUGUUACACGGCGUCUACAACCUCGACCAUCGGGCCCGCGCUGCUACUACGCUAGCGCCGCCCCUCUACGCGCAUUCCAGGCCUCCUCCAUAUGGCCUCUCUCUCCACCACCUCCCAGGACGUGACGUCACCGUCCUGCUGGCUCAUAGCCGGCGCCAUGGCAACCCGCUAGUUUCAUACUGGCGAGCUCCGGAGCUUUCACCUGAGGGGAUCCCGGGAUUAGGGAUUUUUAGGGUUUAGUUAAGGUUAGUAGGAUUGCACGAGAGCGCUGGGAUCUGGGGGGGAGACACCUGAACAAUGAGUGGCCACUAGUUUUGAGCAGUCGGUUAAGGAUCUGGGGGGGAGCUGUUUGGGUUGUUUGCUUUGGGUAGCUGCGUGGUUUGUCGCAGCCUGCUGCAAUAGGAUAAGGUUUGGUCUUGUCGGAAGUGUACUUCGUUUUCUUUUAGCAAAUGAUGCGCAGCUGGUAUGCUGUCACAACAUAAGCGUUUCGGGAAGAGCAGGUUGUGAAAUGUUGAGAAGGAGGUGAGGUUAGUUUUGCAGGUCGUAGUACGUAGCCAGACAGGUUUUUAGGCAGGUUUCCUUGCAGGCGCUAGAUCCGUUGUCGUGGUUAAAGGAGGAAUGAUUGGGGUUUGGAGGUGCGAUGUUGGCUAGCAGUCGAGCAGGAUUCAGCUUGGAGGAGGCGGAGAUCGCGUUCUCAGCAGGUUGUUUUGUCGCACACACUCCAGUGCCAGAGGAGUCGCACCCCUCAUCAACUUACACCGCCUGGGACCUGGCCUGCGGGCCCAGACUCCGAAC